AUGCCUGACAGCACUGCACAGGGCGACGACAUAAUGCCUGACGUCCUUAACGUCCUUGUCCUUUAUGGCCUCGAUGUCUUCGGUGAUUUUUUGGAUACCUGUGAGAGACUUACUUUCAUUUGUCCACGGUGUGUCACCGUUAUUAAGGCCAUGCUCUUUCAGCAUCAGCAGCUUUUCGGUGACCUCAUCAUUCAACUGCUUCUGAAGAUUUUCAAGCUCACCGGUGAUUUGGGUGACGCCACCGUGUAUUUCAGUGGGUUGGUCAUUCAACGUAGUUUGUUGAGUGUUAAGGUCACUUUCGAUGUUUAUGAGGCUUUUAUUUUUAUUAUGUUUAUCCCACGUGCUGCCACUUAG